CUUCCCCAAAACCCCCCCACCCAAAGGCGAGGCAGGGGGAGAGCCGUGCCUGGUGUGGUGGCUCCUGACCAAAACGGAGUCCCUCGCCGCCGCCGCUUCCCGAAAUCCGCCAAAUCCGGAGCCAAUGCCGCCGUCCCCUCCCACCCCGGCGGCACCCAAAACUAUCGCCGACUUCUUCGCGCGCCCCGCCAAGCGCCUGCGCGCUGCCCCGGCCGCCUCCCUCUCCUCCAACUCCUCUCCCUCCUCGCUGUCGCCGGAGCAGCGCCGUCGCGCCGACACCAACCUGGCGCUCGCCCGCGCGCGGCGCAACCUCCGCCUCGCCGAGUCCAAAGCGCAAGCAUCGGGGGGCGCACCGAAGCUGGAGGAGCUCCUGGUGGAGGAGACGUGGGCGGAGGCGCUUCGCGGUGAGCUGCGCAAGUCAUACGCGCUCGAGCUCUGCCGCUUCGUGGCCCACGAGAGGCUCCACGGCCCGCUGCCCGUGUACCCGCCGCCGCACCUCGUGUUCCACGCGCUCAACGCCACCCCGUUCGACCGUGUCAAGGCAGUCAUCAUCGGUCAGGAUCCAUACCAUGGCCCUGGUCAGGCCAUGGGGUUGUCUUUCUCAGUACCGGAGGGGAUAAAAAUACCUUCUAGCUUAGGUAACAUUUUUAAAGAGCUCAAAAAAGACCUAGGCUGCACUGUGCCAUCACAUGGAAAUUUGGAAAGAUGGGCUGUGCAGGGUGUUCUUAUGCUCAAUACCGUCCUAACUGUGAGGGAGCAUCAAGCCAACUCACAUGCCAAGAAAGGAUGGGAGCAGUUUACGGAUGAGGUCAUUAAGACUAUAUCACAAAAGAAAUCAGGAUUAGUAUUCCUUCUUUGGGGAAAUUCUGCUCAAUCUAAGACAAGAUUGAUUGACGAAACAAAACAUCACAUAUUGAAAUCUGCUCAUCCAUCAGGUCUGUCUGCAAACAGGGGUUUCUUUGGAUGCAGGCACUUCUCCAAAACAAACGAGAUCUUAGAGAAGCUGGGGCUGUCUGCCAUCGAUUGGCAGCUCUAGAAAAAUCCCAAGACGACAUGUGAUUUCUCUGUUUGAGCUUGACAACCACCGUUGCUGUAUGGAGUGGAGCAGAAGCACAUGCCUCAAGGGCUAUCAUAUUCGGUCAAGAUUAUGUGGCGACUAAAGUUGUUAUUCAUACAUGGCCAAUAUGGAUGUGAGUGCUUAACGCUUCUUUUGUGCCGUGUCUUAUCCUGCUUUAUUUACUUUGGCACUGUACCAGCUUGUUGCGGCCAUUGUGGUUGUCGUGCGUACGUGCAACUACUUUGCUUGGCGCUAGGACACGCCCAUUUGGGCUGCCUUGCUAGAUCUAAGCAUCUGACGUACUAGAGCUUAACCAACCACCCUAUAUAUAUGCAUAAAGGGCCUGCCUCUACGGCUCUACCUUCCGC